AUGGAUCUGUCUCGCAGACUAGACAUAAAACACAUUGACAAAUUUGAUGGCACUAACUACCAACAAUGGAAGCACGGUCUCCUUAUGGAGUUGGAAUUGGUCGAGCUCCUAGAUAUUGUUGAGGGUUACGAACAGUGCCCCGAUGAGAUAUUUGCCGAUGAUGCAAAUUUUGUAGACGAGAAUAAUUAUCCUAUACCUACAAACAUUGGCACUUUAAAAGAAUGGAGAAAGAAAGACUGCAUUGCAAGGACCAUGAUUUAUCACACAAAUGACAAAGAACGUCAGAAAGGGCAAGACUCGUACAAGAAGAACGAAAAAUUAAAAGGAGGAAGCCUGAAAGCAACGCAACAGGUCAUAGUAAUGAAGAUGGUGCAUUUAUUGGCCAGCAUCAUUCUCACCGACAAGACAAUCACAGAAGGCCGCCUAAGAAGUGCUCGAACUGUCCUAACUAUACCAAUCACUGGACCAGAGACUGCAGAUUUAUAA